AUGGCGUUCAUUCUUUAUUCUCUCUCUCUCCCUCUCUGGCGUUCAUUCUUUAUUCUCUCUCUCUCUCCCUCUCUCUGGCGUUCAUUCUUUAUUCUCUCUCUCUCUCCCUCUCUCUGGCGUUCAUUCUUUAUUUCUCUCUCCCUCUCUCUGGCGUUCAUUCUUUAUUCUCUCUCUCCCUCUCAUUCUUUAUUCUCUCUCUCCCUCUCAUUCUUUAUUCUCUCUCUCUCCUUCAUUCUUUAUUCUCUCUCUCUCCCUCUUCUCUCUCGUUCAUUCUUUAUUCUCUCUCUCUCUCCCUCUCAUUCUUUAUUCUCUCUCUCUCCCUCUCAUUCUUUAUUCUCUCUCUCUCCCUCUCAUUCUUUAUUCUCUCUCUCUCCCUCUCAUUCUUUAUUCUCUCUCUCUCCCUCUCAUUCUUUAUUCUCUCUCUCUCCCUCUCAUUCUUUAUUCUCUCUUCCUCUCAUUCUUUAUUCUCUCUCUCUCUCUCUCAUUCUUUAUUCUCUCUCAUUCUUUAUUAUUCUCUCUCUCCCUCUCAUUCUUUAUUCUCUCUCUCCCUCUCAUUCUUUAUUCUCUCUCUCCUCUCAUUCUCAUCUCUCCCUUCAUUCUUUAUUCUCUCUCUCCCUCUCAUUCUUUAUUCUCUCUCUCUCCCUCUCAUUCUUUAUUCUCUCUCUCUCCCUCUCAUUCUUUAUACUCUCUCUCUCCCCUCAUUCUUUAUUCUCUCUCUCUCCCUUCAUUCUUUAUUCUCUCUCUCUCCUCUCAUUCUUUAUUCUCUCUCUCUCCCUCUCAUCUCUCUCCCUUCAUUCUUUCUUUCUCUCUCCCUCUCAUUCAUCUCUCUCUAUUCUCUCUCUCUCCCUCUCAUUCUUUAUUCUCUCUCUCCCUCUCAUUCUUUUUUUCUCUCUCUCCCUCUCAUUCUUUAUUCUCUCUCUCUCCCUCUCAUUCUUUAUUCUCUCUCUCUCCCUCUCAUUCUUUAUUCUCUCUCUCUCCCUCUCAUUCUUUAUCAUUCUUUAUUCUCUCUCUCUCCCUCAUUCUUUAUUUCUCUCUCUCUCCUCUCAUUCUUUAUUCUCUCUCUCUCUCCCUCUCAUUCUUCAUUCUUUAUCUCUCUCUCUCUCCCCUCUCAUUCAUUCUUUUAUUCUCUCUCUCUCCUCUGGCGUUCAUUCUUUAUUCUCUCUCUCUCUCUCGUUCAUUCUUUAUUCUCUCUUCUCUUUAUUCUUUAUUCUCUCUCUCCCUCUCUCAUUCAUUUUAUUCUCUCUCUCUCCUCUCUGGCGUUCAUUCUUUAUUCUCUCUCUCUCCCUCUCUCUGGCGUUCAUUCUUUAUUCUCUCUCUCUCUCCUCUCUCAUUCUUUAUUCUCUCUCUCCCUCUCAUUCUUUAUUCUCUCUCUCUCCCUCUCAUUCUUUAUUCUCUCUCUCCCCUCUCAUUCUUUAUUCUCUCUCUCUCUCAUUCUUUAUUCUUCUCUUCUCAUUCUUUCUCCUCUCUCAUUCUUUAUUCUAUUCUCUCUCCCUCUCAUUCUUUAUUUCUCUCUCCCUCUCAUUCUUUAUUCUCUCUCUCCCCUCUCAUUCUUUAUUCUUUAUUCUCUCUCUCCCUCUCAUUCUUUAUUCUCUCUCUCUCCCUCUCAUUCAUCUCUCCCUCUCAUUCUUUAUUCUCUCUCUCCCUCUCAUUCUUUAUUCUCUUCUUUCAUUCUUUAUUCUCUCUCUCCCUCUCAUUCUUUCUUCUCUCUCUCUCCCUCUCAUUCUUUAUUCUCUCUCUCCCUCUCAUUCUUUAUUUCUCUCUCUCCCUCUCAUUCUUUUCUCUCUCUCUCCCUUCAUUCUUUAUUCUCUCUCUCUCUCAUUCUUUAUUCUCUCUGGCCCUCUAUUCUUUAUUUUCUUCUCUCUCUCCCUCUCUCUGGCGUUCAUUUUUUUUUCUCUCUCUCUCCCUCUCUCUGGCGUUCAUUCUUUAUUUUUCUUCUCUCUCCCCUCUCUCUGGCGUUCAUUCUUUAUUCUCUCUCUCCCCUCUCUCUGGCGUUCAUUCUUUAUUCUCUCUCUCCCUCUCUCUGGCGUUCAUUCUUUAUUCUCUCUCUCCCUCUCUCUGGCGUUCAUUCUUUAUUCUCUCUCUCCCUCUCUCUGGCGUUCAUUCUUUAUUCUCUCUCUCCCUCUCUCUGGCGUUCUUUAUUCUCUUCCUCUCUCUCGUUCAUUCUUUAUUCUCUCUCCCUCUCCCUCUGUUCGUUCAUUCUUUAUUCUCUCUCUCUCUCCCUCUGGCGUUCAUUCUUUAUUCUCUCUCUCUCUUCUGGCGUUCAUUCUUUAUUCUCUCUCUCUCUCUCCCUCUGGCGUUCAUUCUUUAUUCUCUCUCUCUCUCCCUCUCAUUCUUUAUUCUCUCUCUCCCUCUCUCUGGCGUUCAUUCUUUAUUUUCUCUCUCUCCUCCCUCUCUCUGGCGUUCAUUCUUUAUUUUCUCUCUCUCUCUCCCUCUGGCGUUCAUUCUUUAUUCUCUCUCUCUCUCCCUCUGGCGUUCAUUCUUUAUUCUUCUCUCUCUCUCCCUCUGGCGUUCAUUCUUUAUUUCUCUCUCUCUCUCCCUCUGGCGUUCAUUCUUUAUUCUCUCUCUCUCUCUCCCUCUGGCGUUCAUUCUUUAUUCUCUCUCUCUCUCCUCGUUCAUUCUUUAUUCUCUCUCUCCUCUGGCGUUCAUUCUUUAUUCUCUCUCUCCUCUGGCGUUCUUUUUUUUCUCUCUCUCUCUCUGUUCAUUCUUUAUUCUCUCUCUUUAUUUUCUUUAUUCUCUCUCUCCCUCUGGCGUUCAUUCUUUAUUUCUCUCUCUCCCUCUGGCGUUCAUUCUUUAUUUCUCUCUCCUCUGGCGUUCAUUCUUUAUUUUCUCUCUCCCUCUGGCGUUCAUUCUUUAUUUCUCUCUCCUCUGGCGUUCAUUCUUUAUUCUCUCUCUCCUCUGGCGUUCAUUCUUUAUUCUCUCUCUCCCUCUGGCGUUCAUUCUUUAUUCUCUCUCUCCCUCUGGCGUUCAUUCUUUAUUCUCUCUCUCCCUCUGGCGUUCAUUCUUUAUUCUCUCUCUCUCUCUGGCGUUCAUUCUUUAUUCUCUCUCUCUCUCUGGCGUUCAUUCUUUAUUUCUCUCUCUCUCUGGCGUUCAUUCUUUAUUUCUCUCUCUCUCUGGCGUUCAUUCUUUAUUUUUCUCUCUCUCUGGCGUUCAUUCUUUAUUUUCUCUCUCUCUCUGGCGUUCAUUCUUUAUUUUCUCUCUCUCUCUGGCGUUCAUUCUUUAUUUUCUCUCUCUCUCUGGCGUUCAUUCUUUAUUUUCUCUCUCUCUCUGGCGUUCAUUCUUUAUUUUCUCUCUCUCUCUGGCGUUCAUUCUUUAUUUUCUCUCUCUCGUUCAUUCUUUAUUUUCUCUCUCUCUGGCGUUCAUUCUUUAUUUUCUUUCUCUAUGCGUUCAUUCUUUAUUUCUCUCUCUCUCUGGCGUUCAUUCUUUAUUUUUUUCUCUCUCUGGCGUUCAUUCUUUAUUUUUUCUCUCUCUCUGGCGUUUUCUUUAUUUUCUCUCUCUCUCUGCGUUCAUUCUUUUUUUUCUCUCUCUCUGCGUUCAUUCUUAUUUUUCUCUCUCGUUCAUUCUUUUUUUUCUCUCUCUGGCGUUCAUUCUUUAUUUUCUCUCUCUCUCUGGCGUUCAUUCUUUAUUUUCUCUCUCUCUGGCGUUCAUUCUUUUUUUUCUCUCUCUCUCUGGCGUUCAUUCUUUAUUUUCUCUCUCUCUCUGGCGUUCAUUCUUUAUUUUUCUCUCUCUCUGGCGUUCAUUCUUUAUUUUUUUCUCUCUCUCUCUGGCGUUCAUUCUUUAUUUUCUCUCUCUCUCUGGCGUUCAUUCUUUAUUUUCUCUCUCUCUCUGGCGUUCAUUCUUUAUUUUUCUUCUCUCUGGCGUUCAUUCUUUUUUUUCUCUCUCUCUGGCGUUCAUUCUUUAUUUUCUCUCUCUCUGGCGUUCAUUCUUUAUUUUUUCUCUCUCUCUCUCGUUCAUUCUUUAUUUUUCUCUCUCUCUCGCGUUCAUUCUUUAUUUUUUCUCUCUCUCUGGCGUUCAUUCUUUUUUUUCUCUCUCUCUGGCGUUCAUUCUUUAUUUUCUCUCUCUCUCUCUCUGGCGUUCAUUCUUUAUUUUUUUCUCUCUCUGGCGUUCAUUCUUUAUUUUCUCUCUCUCUCUGGCGUUCAUUCUUUAUUUUCUCUCUCUCUCUGGCGUUCAUUCUUUAUUUUCUCUCUCUCUGGCGUUCAUUCUUUAUCUCUCUCUCCCUCUUUGGCGUUCAUUCUUUAUUUUCUCUCUCUCUCUCUCUCUCGUGGUAUGUUCUUCCCACCUACAUCUGCCCUUGGAGCUGGUCUGUACUCCAUCAGUAUUUAUGGUGGUCUCGUACUUUUCUCCAUGUUCCUGCUGUAUGACACUCAGAAAAUUAUCAAGAAUUCUGAACACUACCCUGUCUAUGCGCCUCGGCCAUAUGAUCCUAUCAACAAUUCUAUUGGAAUCUACAUGGACACUGUCAACAUUUUCAUCCGCAUUGCAACUAUCCUCUCUGGUGGCAACUCUCGGCGACGGUAA